UUCAGACGUGUCAGUCCAAGAUGGCCGCCGAAGAAGACAUGAGCACUGAUGAAACCAAAACUUCAAUCGAAAAUGCCGGUAGUCAUACAGGAAGUGAUAUUUUUUCAAUCGAAGUGUUGCAGAUUAUCAAGGAAGCACAGCAGCAGCAUGGGUUGCGACAUGGAGACUUUCAAAGAUACCGGGGCUACUGUUCUAGAAGAAUAAAGCGUAUCAGAAAGUCCUUGCAUUUCCCUCAAGGUGACAAACGGCGUGUGAAUCCGAAAAAGGUCAACAUAGAAACAGUCAAAGAUGUUAGGUACCUGCAUCUGUCCCUGUUCUCUGCGGAGAGGGCCUGGGCGUACAGCAUGCAGCUCAAGGCAGAGGCAAACACCGAGCUUAGAAAGAAGUUUCACAUGCUUGCUAGGAUGAAAAAGGCCAUGGCCUACGCUGAGGAGUUUUACACACUCUGUGAACAUGAGAAAUGUGACGCACGUACAAAACUUGAGAGCCAGGCAUACAGAUUUUACAUCAAAGGAAGUAUAGAGUUUGAACUGGCAAAAUGGAAAGCAGCGAUGGAAAGCUACAAUAAUGUGAAAACAAUUUAUGAGCGGCUUGGUAAGGCGUUUACAGAGGAACAGCAGGUGUUGUAUCUGCAGAGGGUGGCUGAGAUUGAACCAAACAUUCGCUACUGUGCGUACAACAUCGGUGACAGCUCUGCGCUUAAGGACCUGCAGCAGAUGAGGAGGAUGGCUGGUGGGGAUAUGAUGUCAGAGGAGCUGGAUGUACUGCUGGCACAGACCCGUGAGAAGCAGACUGCAACCCUGUCUGAGGUGACGUGGCAAGGCCGGACAGUGCCUGUAAAGAACGAGCCUGUGAGACUGUUCCUGCUCAGUCUGCAGGACAGCACCCAAGAGGUGGAGAGGGCAGAGGGGAUGGACAACAAGAUCUCUAUCUAUGAGAGCCUGCUUAAACAAUGCAUUGACGCUCAACAGGUGCUCAGAGACUCGCUACAGGAGGACCAGAAUUUCAAGUCAGCGCAACGAGGACAGCCAUUGGAGGGUCAGGUGUCAAACCAGCAUUAUCUACACAGUUACCUGACAUACAUCAAACUAAGCAAGACUAUAGAGCGUAAUCUGCUGCUCAUUGAGAACAUGCGGAGUUACCUCCCUGGAGCCCAGGUGGAGGAGGGCCGUAAAAUCACCAAACCUCAGGACCUGGUCAGGCUCUACGAUAUCAUUAUACAGAAUUUAGGAGAAAUACCAAAUCUGAAUGGAAUAGAAGAUGAUGAAUCUUUUAAAGAAGAAAUGACCGUAAGAGCAUUAGGAUUUAAAGCAUUUAGGUGUUUUUAUAUAGCCCAGUCAUAUGUGAGUGCACGGAAGUGGAAGGAAGCUAUAGCCCUGUAUGGCCGUGUGCUGGAGUAUGCACAGGAGGCUGUAGACCAGUACAAACGCCUGGCAAGAAGCUCACUUUAUAAGGCUGAGCAGGAGCACUUGUCUGGAUUGAUCACUGAGGCUGAUGGCCUGCAGUACUCGUCCCAUGCCUCGGCCAUCCUCGACACUGAGGCCCCUACAGAACAGAUGGCCUCUCUCACUGUUUCUAACAACAAGCCCUUGUCUGAGAGGUUGGAGCAAUACUCCGAGGACACAAGUGUGGCCGGGAAGAAGGCUCGCCUGGUCAAAUUUCCCCCGGACUUCAAGGCCAUUCCCUGUCGACCACUUUUCUUUGACCUUGCUCUCAAUCACGUGGAAAUGCCAAAUCUUGACGCAAAGGCCGAGCAGAAAAAAGCUGCCAGUGGUAUCACUGGGGCCAUCAAGGGAUGGUUGUGGGGUGGGAAAAAAUAGUGAUCACUGUGUUUCUAGUAUUUAUAAGAAUUUUUCCAUUCAACAUUGUGUUCUGGCAUAUUGUAUCAUGUGUAGCCUUUUUAUACAGCAGCUGAAUGGACCUAGUGUUCGAUGUUUUAUUUCAGUGAUAAGAGGACUUGAUAGAGUAAAAAAAUUGAUCAUGACCAUUGUUCAUCAUAAACUACAAAUCAUGUGUAAUGAUUUUCUUCAAUUAACAUUAAAUUGUGUGUAAGGAUUUGUUCCAAUGAAGUGUUAUUUAUAAGUACUGUGUUGUACCAUCAAAUCUUUGCUUCCCCUGUCAUGGUUGAUGCAGCUCAAAGCUAGCCAUGCAGCCUGUUUGGUGUUUGAAGAAAAUGAUAUUUUCAUUUCUGUGAAAUAAAAAAACUUUUUGACCUCUAUAAUUAACAACCCAAUCCAUUGAAACACUAAGUUACAUGAACAAAACUAUUUUUUAUCAUACUGUUUUGACAAACACUUUUCUGGAAAAAAUGCUUUUAAAAAGUGUAUAACUUUAUUUGUCCUAUCAUACUUUUUAGCAUAAUUUUACAUUUCUGUAUAACUAGUCAAUCAAAUUAAUGUGAAACCAACUGAAAACUGAACUAUUUUUUGCCUUAAAAUUGUACAAAUGUAUUCACUAAUAAACUGUUGCUGAUUGUACAGUAUAAGGCCUGGUAGAAUCUUUGAAACAUUCAAAAAUAUAAUUAUUGCUAUAUUUGGAGUAAAAAGAAAAACAAGUGAAGUUGAUGGAAACUUCUUAUUGAAUAAAUUAUAAUGUACAUACAUAUUUUAUUGGCUGUUUCUGAAUUUACCUAACUAUAAAUCAAAAAGGUUAGAACUAUAGGUACAUUGAAAUUCGUCAAAAGUAUUUAUUGUUUUAAUGAAUUCUAUAACUCAAUGAAUUUCAAGCAGAAAAUUCAUUGAUUGGAAAAGAUGGUUUUCAAUUAAUGUUUGAAUAUGUGUAUUUCAUCAAUAUAUGUUAGGUUGUGUUGAGAACAGACCAGAUUGUUAUAGGUUAAGGUCUAUUUUAUCAUGCUUAUGUGUACAGUCAAUCAUCAUUCAAAAGAAAAGUUACAAAAAGGAAAUUGAUAUUAAAAAAAGAAAACUUG